UAUGACAUAAUGUCAGAAUGACAUGGAUUGGAUCGAAUUUUUACCACAAUUUUUAUGAAUUUAAAUUAUGACCGAAACGAAUAGCAGAAUCCCAGUGGUUACAUCAUUCUGUAUCUGUGUACCAAAUUUGAGAAGCGCAGUCAUCAUUAUUGCAGUUCUUGGAAUUGUGACAUGUCCCGCUGUAACAUGGGCGCUUGUGCGACACACUUACCUUAUCCGUAUGACAUGUGUGAUGACCACCUGCUCACAGAAACCUGAUGUAGUCGAUAUUAACUUUCAUUAUGUUCUUAGUUUUGGUUUGAGUCCAAACGCAGGUCUAGAGAGAUCAAUCUUUAAUAUGAACACAACCUAUUUACGCAGUUUUACCGCACUUAGUCCGAACUCAACAAAGCCUUACAAUCCCGGUCUCGUUCAAACAUUGAAAUACUUUGGUUUGAUUGUAUUUAUGUGUGAUCUGGUCUUUUUGAUAACCUGUAUUGUUUUUCUCAUUAAAAUAUUUCGGCAAAUGAAUAAGCGAACAUUAAAAUGGUUUAUUUAUACUACAAUUGCAACAACGGUGCUAGCAUUUCUCUAUGGAAUGUUUUACAUAUACGUGUGUAUUUCCGUCGGGACCGGCUUUCCUAUUUUGGAGUUCGUUUUCACAAUAAUCGAUACAAUCGUGUGGUCUUAUUUUAUAGUAGUGAUACUAUCGUUUGAGAAAAAACAACCAAACUGAAAAUUGAAAUAUUUUUAAGAACAUUGAAAUAGUAGAAAAUGUACAAAACGUGACCUGAUCUAUGUAUUAAACACUUUCUACUCUUUGUCAGAGUUAAGGCUGUAUCUAAUUUUUUAACUGUACAGUUAAAUGUUUUGUAUUAAAAAGUACUCUUAAACCUACUGGUGUUUAUAUUUAUCUUUUUAAGACUCCUGCAUAUCAUUAAACACUAUUGAUCUGGACACUAGAUCAGAUGACUUAAUGCUAUUUAUUAGUGUUUUACAGGUUUUA